AUGUCAUCAAAAUUUAAUGAAAAAGACAUAGAUGGAACUAAUGAAGAAAACUUAAAAGAGAUAGAAAUUAAGCCACAAAAUAAAAGACCAAAGCUAUUUGGAGAAGAUGGGAAAAUUUCGAGUGACGUGAGAAGGGAUUUAAAAAAAACAGAACAUUAUAGAACCAGCCAAGGCUUUACUCCAUUCGACCCUGACAUUGUAAAAGAGCAGCUGCAGCAGGUCACGUGAGGGUUUGGAGAAGAUGCAGAAAAUGAAGUCAUAAGCAAAGAAGAUAUGAUUUUUUAUGAAGAAGUAUUAGAUCUAAACAAAUUAAAAAAUCGAAAAGGAUUAACAGAUAAGCAGAGGAAAACUAUUAGGCAGCUUGAAGCUGCCAAUGAAAAAGUAGGGAAUUUUGCUAUCUCCCCUUUGGCUAUCGAGCAAAAACAUUGUUAAAAUCUUAAUUUGGUAAUUAACACCUUUUGAAUGAGAAAAUUUUGAUAAAUUUAAUUAAUUUUCUUUAUUUGCAAUUUUUAUAUAAAGUCUAAUUAUCUCACCUCAUAAAGCCUUUUUCACUAACUAAUCAGGGAGUAAGGAGCUUGAGAAUUUACACAAGAAAACUCAAGAAGGCUUAACUCAAGGCCAAACCAGAAGAAUGGAACAAUUAGCCGAAAGGCUUGAAGAAAUGCAAGGUGAAAGAGACAUGAUAGAAGAAAAGCUAAGAUCAAGCUUUUUUGACUCCUACCAACCUUUUAAGAAAAAAGUCAAAGGAGAAUACGACUACAGCAGUGAUGAAGACGAAUUCUAUGACCGAGCCAAAAAUAAUCCCAAAAUAGUCCAAGAAUCCUCAACUGAAGAGCUUCAAGAAAAACUCGGCAAGCUUUUAAAUGAAAGAUUACAGGUCAGAAUAGAAAUAGAAAAAUCCAACCAAGAAGAAGAAUUUGACGCUGAAGACACCUUAGACGCUUAUAUGAAUGAAAACUCUGUUGUCUUGAAAAGGGAAAAUCUAGAUAGGCUAGCUAUGAAAUUGAGAGAUUUAAAUUCAAAAAUUGAUGAAAUUUAUGCAGUCAAGCCUGGAUUAUGCCCAAAGCAAAAAGAAGAAAUAAAGAUAAUAGAAGAGGUAAGCAAAGAAGAAGACAAAGAAAUAAGAGAUGGGCUUAAAAAGAGAAGAGUAUAUGGAGCUGAAGAAAAGCCUGUCCCAAGAAAUGAAGAAAUUAAAGCAAAUGAUCUGGAUUUUUAUGAUGAAAAUGAAUCAUGAAUGCCUCCAGAAGGCCAGACAGGCGAUGGCAGGACUAAUUUGAAUGAAAAAUAUGGGUAUUAA